AUGUGCUAUAAAACCCAUACGUAUAGUAAGGAUGCCAUCAGCGCUAAAUGCAGACAGACAGACGUAAAUGCUUUGGUCGACAUAUUCCCCUCCGGGUACUUUGGUAUCGCCUUCACGCCUUCGGUUCAUCUCGCGCUGGCCACGGGGCUGGUCCUCGUCCCUGCCAACUCCCAACAUAGUUAUACCCGCAUUCAACCCAUUCCGCAUGGAGGGAUUUCGCCAUACUCCGGAUCAUCGAUAGGUUGUCUCGAUACUCGCUAUCCCGCAUGGGGUAUAAGUGCUACUGCUGGUAGUGGCUGGGUCCGUGUUGCGGUCAAUUGUGUUAUCACUGCCGGUGGAUACUUCCAGCCAGGAUUCGAGGAGCCUCGGAAGGUCACGGAGGCUAGGUAUACUCGUGAGUGA